AUGGACGUACCAGGCAAGCUUCCGGUGCCCGAGCUGGUGAGCUGCGUCAACUGCUCGUCGUCCGCACCCGCGGGCAGCCGCCUGGUGUGGCGCGCGGUGUCGAACGCAGGCCACGAGGUGCUACUGGAGUACCCGGAUCUGCUGAUGGACGCGUACGCCAUCUGGGCGCCCUGCCCGAGGCUCACCGUGCUCGUCACCUCGGCUCCCGAGCGGAGGGCGCAGCGGGACGCCAUCCGGACAACCUGGGGGCGUCCGGACCGGGACUCCAACUGCAGCCACCGCGUCGUCUUUUUCACGAACGCGCAGCCCCGUUCGCAGCGAUACUAUGCCCUCAAGACCGAGUAUCGGCCUCUCAAGGACAUCGUGGUCCAGGCGAGAGUCGCCGGUGUGCCCGAGCCAACCUGGUGGAUGUCCGCGCUGCUUGUAGAAUGGGUCCCCACGCACGUGUCCGGUUCGAGGCUCGUGCUGCGCGUCACCGACGACACGUACGUUAACGUGCCGGCGCUUCUGGCCACCGUGGACAGCCUGCGCACGUCCGACCAGAGGCUCCUCCUGUACGGCCGCUUGUCGUCGGAUCGGACGCACCUCGAAGACUGCGUCUACAUGGCCAAGUCCGAUGGCUUCAGGCAACUGCAACUGCCGUUCGCCGACGUGCUGGCAGCGAACCAGAGUGACGUGCCGCUGGUUACGGGAGCGAUUGCACGCGAGGCAGGGCUCUUAUUGGUGCACCUGGAUGGCAUCGGCAGCUGCGACGUUCAGCGCGCUGCCGUAACGGCGCGAGAAUGGUUGCAAAAAGGCGGUGCCUCUUCGCACCUGACGGUACGUGGGAUGUCGCCCGUGCUGAUGGCCACGCUGCACCAAGUAGUCUCGAAGCCCGAACUGCCUGUCGGUGCGUGAGUGAGCGAGUGAAAUAACUGCGCCUGUGUCGAACAGGCUCGAAACGCGGUUAUAUUUCAGCUGCGUUUCGCUUGAGGUAUUCAUUUGAAUUCAACACAGAAGUCUAUAUGCGGAA